GAUGGUUGCUAAGACACUCUGGCUCGCUCCUUGACAACCCUGGCGGGGGUGCGCUGGCUGUGGCCUCGGCUCCGGCCCCCGCGGGAGCAGGCCGGAAGCUCAUUUAAGCUGCAGUCCAGCUGACUCUGAAAAGCCCUGCCUAUCAUCAGAUGCCCAGCACCCCUUGGGGAAAGACAUUUUCUGCUCCUGCCAAGUUGGCAAGGCCUGCUUCCCGAGCCCGUGGGGCGCUGUAACUGUUGGGCCCAGCACCUCCUGAAAGCCCUACUCUCCUCCUGAGGGCACGCUGGGAGGAUCAUGGGAGAGACUGAAGGGAAGAAAGAGGAGGCUGACUAUAAACGGCUGCAGACCUUCCCCCUGGUCAGGCACUCGGACAUGCCAGAGGAGAUGCGCGUGGAGACCAUGGAGCUGUGUGUCACAGCCUGUGAGAAAUUCUCCAACAACAAUGAGAGUGCUGCAAAGAUGAUCAAGGAGACAAUGGACAAGAAGUUCGGCUCCUCCUGGCAUGUGGUGAUCGGCGAGGGGUUUGGGUUUGAGAUCACCCACGAGGUGAAGAACCUCCUGUACCUGUACUUCGGGGGGACCCUGGCCGUGUGUGUGUGGAAGUGCUCCUGACCCCCAUCCCUGCAGCUCUCCCGCCUGUCCUCUGGGCUGGGGGGGGGCUCCCCAGGCUCCCCUAGGCAGAGCCUGGCUCUCUCAAGGAGAGUCAAGUCUUUUCUUUUGUCCUUGUGUACCAGUUUCCUGAGCCGCACCCAGAGUGUCCACUUGGUGACCUCUCCAUGCCCAGGCUCCCCGUGGUUGUCUCCAAGCUCUGAGCUGUGGACAGGCAUCUCUGUGUGCAUGAGGGGUGGGGUGUGGCAGGUGAGAGGGUGAAGCACGGGAUUCUUCUCCUUGAAAUGGACUGGUCCCACCUUCCAUCCCAGCAGCCUCAAAGCCCUUCUGCCCCAAGGACUGCUGGGAAGUAUCUCCUGCCCUUGUUGUUAGUGGCCAUGUGGAAUCAGCCGGAGACUCCUCUCAUGAGACACAGGGCAAGGCUCUCCUUUUCACUGGGGAAGGAGUUCCCUCUCCCCUUCCCCAGCCUGACCCGGGACUGAACAGCCCACCACAUCUUACUGGACCAGCCAUUCACAGCCCUGGCAUUGGCCCGAGGAUCACACAGUCUUCCUGUCCCCUUCUCCCAGCUCGGGCCACAUGAACCUUUCACACCCCUUCCACCAGAACUGCUGCGUGGCCGAGGCUGGUGCGGUGGUGUAGAGCGACUUGUCAAAGUGUUGCUGAGCUCCCGGUGAGACACCUGGGCCAGGAGUGAUCUCACCGUGAGGCCCCGUUAGCAGGGAAACCUGGCCUGCCAGGGACUUCAUCAGGGACCGCAUGCGAUUUGUACUUCUUACCUUGCUGGCUUUUCUAGAUUCUUUUUGAGUGUGGGAAGAAGGGUUUUAGUAGAAGGGUGAAUCAUAUUUUACACAGCGGUCUUAUUUAUAUAAACGUCUUGGUUUUUACAAUUAAAACGACCAAAAACUAAA